GUUGGAAUAUAUAUGUACCCAAGGUAUUGCCAUCCCAAAGCUUUUGUUUAAAAAUCCAUCACUCACAACUCUUAAUCAACUUGCAAUUUCAUUCGCUUAAACGACCUGGCGUCGCACUGUCUAUAAAUUCUUUCUUUAAUCUUACAAUCUUUCUUUAUUCAUACCCAGGAUUCCAUACUCGCAAAAAUGGUCCGCAUCACACUUUUCGCCACUAUCGCUUUUGCGGCUACCGCUUUCUCUCUCUCACCCAACAACGCUGGCGCCAGGAACGUCGGCAAGGGCGACGGUUCCCAGUUUAUCACCGGAGGCUGCGUCGACAACGCCGACUGCUCGUCCGCUUGCUGCGCGGAUCUCAGUGGCGUCGGCAUCUGCUCGGCCGAGGCGGCCCAGUUCCAGAAUGGCAAGAACGGCUGCGACUUUGUCGACCCUAACAAGGAUGCGACCAUCGCUGCGGCUCAGGCUCAGGUCAAGAAGCAGGGUUUCUAAGCUGGAAUGCAGAAGCUUUGCUGAGACGAGGGCUGACCCUACGGGGGAAUAUUAGCGGUGCUGGAGGGAUGGGCUUGCGCAUUCGAAAGAGUAGCAUACCAGCCAGCUACGGUCUCGCUAUAGGCUAGAGAACCCGCACUAAAAUAAAACAGUCAAAGCCUCCACCA